GCCUUGAUCACUGUCGACCCCUGAUCCAGGAGACGAGCAAGAAGCUGCUGAUCAAUCUGCUACGUGUGACCUGUCCACGCAUAGAAGCCCUGCGCCUCUUGUCGCUCCAACUUGAGGUCGAGCGUCAGUCCUGCUCGAAGGCGAUUGCUGCAUUUGCCUCCAGGCUGCCUGCCUUCUGUCUAACUGUUGACGGUGGACCUUGUAGGGACAUCUUUUCUACCCUGCCACGCGUGGACGAGGCCUUCUCCAAUGUGUCCUCUUGUCCAGCCUGGAAGGCCUAUACCACCAGCACCGUUGUUGCCUGUAAACUCACCCCUGUCGAUGCCCCCCUGCUCUUCUCGCACUCCUCCUCCGGAUCUCCCCCCGGCCUU